AUGACAACUGCACAUCGGCCAACUUUUGAACCGGCACGUGGUGGGUCUGGCAGAAAUGAGGGCGAUCUUUCGAAGCUGUCACAGCAAUAUUCAAGCAAAGACAUGCCAUCGCACACGAAACUUAAAUAUCGUCAAAAGGGACAAGGCCAUGUAGAGGAUAUGAAGUCGCGGGAUUUGCGUCGCGAAUUGGAAGAAAAAGAGAAAAAUGUAGGACGUGAACGAAGAAGCCGAGAAAGUGGUUGGAAUAUGCAAAAAAAACCAAGAUUGGAAGGGGGCUCAGCACCAAAUGUUCAGGACGAGGAUGAUCCUUAUGAUGAUGACAUCAAUGACGAUUCGGAUGAAGAUGAAGAUGAUGCCGCGGAAUUGAUGGCUGAAUUAUCUAGAAUUAAGAAGGAGCGAGCACUGGAAAAGGCUCAACGUGAUGCGUCAUUAGCUGAAGAACAGGAACGGAUCAGGACCGAAAACAUUCUACACGGAAACCCACUACUCAAUUCUGAGGCAUCAGAUUUCAAGGUGAAACGGCGGUGGGAUGAUGACGUAGUUUUCAAGAACUGUGCGAAGGGCAUCGAAGAGCGCAAAAAGGAACAGAUUUUUAUUAAUGAUGCCAUUCGUUCUGAAUUUCAUAAGAAGUUUAUGGAGAAGUAUAUCAAAUGA